AUGCUUCCACCACCAGGUCCACCACCACCACCACAACGUCAACAGUCAACACUGAUCACGGCGGGAAGAUGCUGCCGUCAGGUAUUCGAAUACUUUAUCAAGAAGAUCGAUGAUCCAAUGGCAGAAAGGAAGGCCGACGCUCUUUUGGUAGCAGCAUCAGUGCUCGCCGCCAUGAACUACCAGGCCGCGAUCAGCCCACCUGGUGGCGCAUACCAAGAUACACGCUCUGUAAAUGGAAAGAUGGAAUACCAAGCUGGACAAGCAAUCGCUGCAUAUGUUGCUCCUUAUAAGCUUGCAAUGGAGGCUACGACUCCAGACCAUGAUGAGUUGAAAGCCAGGUGGAAAUUCAUAAACCGGUUGGUGACAGGGGCUCUGAUUACGUGGUGUGUGCUUGCUGGUACCGCGAUUGUCUUCUUUGUCGGGACGCUACUAAAACCUCUGGUAACGGCCGCAUAUGGCCAACCUACCCUGAAAACCUAA